UAUCUUCCAGUCUUUCAUACACUACCAGUGUCAAGAUGUCUGACAACCAGAAAAAUCAAUCAGUUGCGGCAAGCACUAUUCGCCCAACCCCCAGGCAUUGUCCGAAAACAAUCCAACUAUACCUGACCUAUCCGGGCAAACCUCUCCAAAACUACGACCAAGCCGAAAAAUGUGUCAAAGUCUUGCACGCACUCUUCAGUGACGAACAUUGGAGCGCUCUCACAGGCAACCCGCGCCCUCGCUUUCCUACCCCUUUCGCCCCACUAGAGAGACACUCUAUCGACGUACUGCUGGAGCCAGUCCCCGACCUCGAACUGAGACCCACCACUAAUCAACUAUGCGACACCUGCCGGGCAGAAGCAGGAGAGAAGACCGAGUUAGCUCGAAAGAUACUCCUAGCAUUGGGGUUCGAAGACAAAAGUGGAGUCUGGAACCCCAAGAUUCGAAUGCAAUGGGGCUACCCGGACCGCAAGUGGGUGAAGGAAAACAUGCCGCAGUUCUUGGAGAGUUUUGAAGAGAGGUAUGGAGAAAAUGGCAAGGUUCAGACACCGGAGAUUGAGUGGCUUGAGUAUAUCCUUGAGUAUAUCUGGGAAAAGGAUACUCUCCCUAUCCCACGCUCAGCUUCAUAUGUGGCCACAACAACAACACUCGGCCCAGCGAAGAUGGAGCGGAAGAUAAGACCCUGGAAUUUCUCACGACUUUAGGGUUUAGAAAUAACGUCGACGGCCCCUGGUGACUUCAAUGUUCAAAUGGAAUUGGGGUCGCCCUGGUCUCGGUCAGGUGAAGAAUAGCUUGCCUGCCGGGUUUGUAUUUGAAUCUGGGAGCUGCCGAAGGCAACUUAACCGCGUUAUCGGUGGUUUCGGCGUCGGAAGUUUUUGUUUUCCGAGUAUUUCGUGGUUGGAGCAUAUCGAUUGGGAAAAGAGUGCGUCUCCGGUAGGGGAGGUAGAGAAGCAGUUGGACACUGAAGGGGUUGAUGGUUAAGAGGAUAGCAAAUGAGUGGGAAAGUAGACGGUUGAAGGCAACUAGUGAGGAUGGGUCCAAGGCCCGGAAUGGGGUCAUAUCGUAGCCGCUGGCGGUACCUGGAUAUUUUAAGGAGUACAAGGGAGGCGUGUUCUUUGUUUUCCAGGCGGGUGUUAGAUAUAGCAAGAUAAAUGCACUGUUUGUUGG